UUUUGGCAGUUGUAUGACAAAUUUUGUAGAUGACACGUGCGUAAAGGCUGAGACGAUAAGCCAUUUACACCAAAUGGGUGAUUGUCAACCGAUGGUGAAAUAUAAGGAAACUAAAAAAAAAUAGUCACAUCACUUCUCAGUCACGUUGAUGUGCUAAUGACAGUGAUAGUGUAAAAGCGUGUUCCGAUGUAUAUAGAUUACUUUUCAUAUCUUGAAGAAGGUAAUUCGCACGAAAAAAUAAUAUAGAUGAUAUUUCGGAAAUGUCUCAGUAACUUCAUGAACAUGGCACAUCGAACACUCACUAUUUUUUUAAUCAUUCUGCUCGUCUCUCCACCAGCUCUAUGUUUUUUUGGAGAUUCUAUUGCAGAUUCUAUUCAGAGCAUCCGAGCAACGGUGUUGGUUUUCUUGACAAAUCUUGCAAAUAAAUUGUGCAGACUUUACGAAAAAUAUAUUCUGAGGAUUGAUGAAGUUGUUUUCGAUACUGACACACUAGCAGAUGCAGAGUAUGAUUUCAUCGUCGUUGGAGCUGGUUCCGCGGGUUGUGUCAUGGGCAACAGACUCUCGGAAAUAUCAGAUUGGAAAAUCCUCGUACUUGAAGCUGGCCAACCAGAGACUGCUUUUGUUGAUAUCCCGCUGUUAGCCAUGGGUUUUCAAGGGGGCAUUUAUGACUGGGCCUACUUGAUGGAGGAACAGCCGAACGUGGCUUUCGGACUGAAAGAUAGGCGAAUGGACCUUCCAAGAGGAAAGGGAUUGGGCGGGUCCAGUCUCCUUAAUUUUAUGAUAUAUGCCAGGGGUAGUGCAGGCGAUUUCGAUAAAUGGGCAGAAAUGGGAAACGAAGGUUGGUCAUUUGCUGAUGUGCUGCCAUACUAUAUGAAAAGUGAAGGAGCAAACCUCACAUCAAAAAUAGAAUGGCAAUACCAUAAUAGAGAUGGUCCACUAACUGUGGAAAAUACUUAUCAAUCCCUUCUCGUCGACGCAAUUUUAUCAGGUGGCGAAGAAAUCGGGUUGCCUUACAUUGACUACAAUGCGCCAGUAGAGCCUUUCGGAUUCUCGCCGGUGCAGUCCACAACUCAAAAUGGAAGGAGGUUCAGUACCGCUAGGGCUUACCUAGCUCCCGUCGCUCACAGACCGAAUCUGGACAUCAUAACCGAUGCUUUCGUCACCAAUAUCAUGAUUGACCCGGUUGACAAGAGGGCUUACGGGGUUCAAUACCAAAAAGCAGGGAAUACCUAUACAGUAUAUGCUAGGAAAGAGGUCAUACUCUCUGCAGGUGCCAUCAAUUCUCCACAGCUACUGAUGCUUUCCGGGAUCGGGCCGAAGAAGCAUUUGGCAGAUGUGGGCAUACCCUGCAUAAAGGAUCUACCGGUAGGGCAACACCUCAUCGACCACCUGGCUUUUUACGGGCUGAAUUUCCUGAUAUACUUCGACUGGGACCAAGUCGAUAUAAGAUACGCCUUGAGCAUUCCGGAGUUCGUCAAAUUUUCGAAAGGUCCCUUUACUACUCUGGGAGGAGUGGAGGCGGUGGGAUUUUUCAAGACGGAGGUGGCGAAGUACAAGGAGAACAUUCCCGAUGUUGAGGUGCAGUUCAUGAGAGGGAGUAUCGGCAGUGAUCACGGAGUUUGGAUGAAACGUGCACUCAGGAUAUCAGACGAAGUGUAUAAAUCAGCCAUCGAACCCAUCGAAAACCUUCCUUGUUGGUGUGCAGCUCCAGUGCUGCUAUUACCCAAAUCCGAGGGCGAAGUAAAACUGCUCUCGGCCGAUCCAUUCGACCACCCUAGAAUCAUCCCCAAGUACUUUACCGACGAAUAUAACGAGGACAUCAAGACAAUGGUAGCCGGCAUAAGGGUGCUAGAGAGACUAGUCAACACCACCGCGUUUAGGACCAACGGUGCCAAAAUCAGCGAAUACCCCAUAGCAGGUUGCGAACAUUUCGAAUUCGACAGCUUCGAGUACUGGGAAUGCGCGCUGAGGGCCAUUUCGCACACCCUGUACCAUCCGAUGGGGACUUGCAGGAUGGGGCCGCCCCACGAUCCGAGCGCUGUGGUCAAUAACCAGCUGCAGGUGAAUGGAAUCGCGGGUUUGAGGGUCGUGGACGUCAGCAUCAUUCCGAUGUUCUCGGCACAUACGAAUGCGCCGGCAGUGAUGAUUGCGGAAAAGGCUUCCGACAUGAUUAAACGGUUCCACGGGAGACUGAACUAAUAAAGAAUAUUGCAGC